AUGGCAGCACUCGAGGGUUUUGAUGUGGAGGCAUACGCUGCUAAGUACAGUGGUCGUAAUCGGAUAGAACGACUGAUAUUCCUUACCGAGACAUGCCCUACACUUGAAGCUGAAGCGAAACGCGCAUUACUACGUGAGUUGAAGGGAGGUCUAAACAUGGGACUUUACACCGAGCUAUUAGGUGACAAGGCGACAGACGAAUCAAGUUUUAUUGACAGUGUAAAGCACAAUGCAGCACAACAACAUGAACGACUCGAGCAGGAGCUGAAUUCGUACAAGUCGACAAUGAUCAAAGAGAGCAUUAGGAUGGGGCAUAAUGAUUUGGGAGAUUUUUAUUACGAGUUGGGGGAUCUCCCUGCGGCGCUUAAAAGCUUUGCCCAAGCUCGAGACUAUUGCACUACGGACAAACAUAUAAUUGAAAUGUGUUUUAACGUAUGCAAAGUUGCGUUACACAUGCGCAACUUUGGUCAUGUGACCAACUAUUUGUCAAAGUUGGAGCAAGUGAGUAGCUCGCAGAGUGAUGUCAUUCUCAAGUCAAAAAUCGCAUCAGUCUUUGGCCUUGUGGCUCUCCACGACAAAAAUUAUCAUCGAGCUGCAUCCAAAUUUAUCGAAUGUAAAGCAGAGAUUGGUGCGAGUUACAACGAAGUGUUGCAUGCUGAGGAUAUUGCAUUAUAUGGCGGAAUAUGCGCUUUAGCGUCGUUUCAACGUGAAGAAUUGAAGGAAAAAGUGAUCAAUAAUUCGUCUUUCAAGGCCUUUCUGGAAUUAGUACCGUGGCUACGUGAGCUUAUCACCGCCUUUUACUCGAGUGACUAUGCGUCAUGUUUGCAGACGUUAGAGCAAAUGAAGCCCGAACUGAAGCUGGACUUGCAUCUUUUUGAGCACGUGGAGUCAUUGUGCAAAGAGAUUCGUAGCCGUGGUAUUAUCCAGUACUUUUAUCCAUAUCUUUCGGUAGAUUUGCAUCAGAUGGCGCAUACUUUUAAUACACCGACACCAGAUCUAGAGACAGAAGUCUGUGCACUUAUUGCUGCCGAGCGUCUACAUGCUCGAAUGGAUUCGUAUGAAAAGGUUUUGUACGCUUAUCAUCCAAAUCAGCGAGCAGCGGCAUAUGAUCGCGCGUUCGAAGUGGGUCGUAAUUAUGCAGCCGAGUCGCGCAAUUUACUUUUGCGUAUGAGUCUUCUGAAGAAUAACAUUAUAAUCCGCGAUGCGUAG